AUGCCUCCAAUUAGCAAGUCACAUGAAAUUGAAAUAAGAAGGCGUGAGGUUCGAGAUUUAAAGAUUCAUUGUGCCCGUGAAAGACAACGGUUAAGCCAGACGGUUUUAGACCUAAUCAAUCAUUGUCAACAAAACAUUAUUUCAGACCCUCUUAUUCAUCGUGUCAAAGACAAUCCUUUCAAUGAAAAAAGGUGGAUGUGUCGGAUGUUUUAG